UUCCUUAUCAGCCGCAAGAAUGUCAAGCACUCCAUAAAACACAGAGAUUAUAUACUGUCCGAAGUAUACGACUAUACGAGAAACUAAAAACGCGAUUUUUAUUAAGUUUAUGAAAACAAAAAUUCGAAAAAAUGGGAUUAAAAUAAAGAUAAAGAGAACUCGCUGCCUCGCUGGGCUAUACUCUGAAUUAGCACUCAUCACUCAUCAGUGUACUGUGAUGUUCUAGCUUCCUCCUGGCUAAGCUUGUAUUUUUCUUGACUAGAGAAAAAAAGACUGCAUUUUGCAUUUUCACUUCUGGGAACUUUUGUAGGGUUUCUUGUGAGCCUACUUGAGAACGAUUGCGACUGAAAUCAAAGGUUUAUUACUAAAGCAUACAAAGUAGUAAUUUUGAUACGUCAUUUCAGGCUCAUACAACUUUGGAGGAAAUCUUGCACGGGUUUGGGACUCCAUCCUAGAAAGAAGAAGAAGAAGGGAACAUUGAGAACAGGGAUAUUCUUUUACUAUCUCAGUGUGAAUCAAAGACAACAGCACUGUUAAAUAGAAGGAGGGACCAAGUCAAAUUAUCAUGCUGUGGUUAAUGACGCUUAAACUAUGGUCGGGAAUUCCCCUGCUUCUAUGUGGGUUGCUUUUUUAUAUAGCAGGUGCUUUUGUGGGAAUAAACAUCGGGACAGAUGUGACAAACCUACCAUCAGCUUUGGAUACUGUUGCACUCCUGAAAGCUCAUCAAAUAACACAUGUCCGCCUCUUUGAUGCCGACGCUCAUAUGCUAAAAGCUCUAUCAAACACUGGGAUUGAAGUUAUUGUUGGUGUCACAAACGAUGAGGUUUUAGGUAUUGGCCAGUCGUCGUCAGCAGCGGCAGCUUGGGUGAACAAGAAUGUUGCUGCAUAUAUCUCAUCGACCAAUAUCACAGCAAUUGCCGUGGGAAGUGAAGUUCUUACUACCAUCCCAAACGCUGCUCCGGUUUUAGUUCCUGCAUUGAAUUACCUCCAUAAAGCCCUGGUUGCAGCUGACCUGAAUGACCGAGUCAAAGUCUCAACCCCUCAGUCAAUGGAUAUUAUUGCAAACGCCUUCCCCCCGUCAACUGCCACUUUCAAACCUUCAUUGAAUUCAACGGCUCUUCAGAUCCUUCAGUUUUUAAAAAGCACGAACUCAUACUUCAUGCUGAAUGCUUAUCCUUAUUAUGAGUAUGUUCAGUCUCAAGGCAUCUUCCCUAUUGAUUAUGCUCUCUUCCAACGCCUUUCCUCGGCCAAACAAGUGGUGGACCCAAAUACCCUUUUCCACUACAACAGCAUGUUUGAUGCCAUGGUAGAUGCUGCCUAUAAUGCUAUUGCAUCCUUCAACUUUUCGGAUAUUCCUGUUGUGGUGACGGAAACCGGUUGGCCAUGGUUAGGUGGGGAGAAAGAACCUGAUGCCACAUUAGAAAACGCCAAGGCAUUUAAUAAGAAUCUGAUCCGACGUGUUUUGAAUGACUCUGGACCGCCGAGUCAGCUUGGAACUCCCACGAGCGCUUAUAUUUAUGAGUUCUUUAAUGAGGACAAAAAGCCUGGACCUAUCUCCGAAAGAAACUGGGGAAUAUUUUUCCCAAACGGGACUGCAGUUUAUCCCCUUUUGGAUGAUGGUGGCACAGGAAAUGGUCUUGGCAAUUCCUCUUCCGAGGUUUUCUGUGUAGCAAAGCCUGGGGCAGAAACUAAGAAACUGGAAAGUGGGCUUAACUGGGCAUGUGGACAAGGGAAUGCCAAUUGCACUGCCAUUCAACAAGGGCAGCCUUGUUAUUCUGACAAUAAUAAUAUUCAUAACCUUGCGUCUUAUGCCUACAACGACUAUUAUCACAAAGCGAUCAGUUCAGGAGGAACUUGUGAUUUCGAUGGUACAGCAGAACUAACAAAUACAGAUCCCAGUUUUGGGUUAUGUAGAUUUUCCGGAAGUAGGACAAAUUCAAGUGGCAGUGGUCUUUUCCCGCCCUCUUCACUCGGACCUGUAAGCCCGGUAACUGCUGAAGCUUCUAGAAUACCAGGUUGUCAUCUCGGGAAUAUUUUAGCUUUAUUGCUUACCCUGUGGGUUUCCUCAAGCCGAAUUCAGCGUUGAGAUCUUGGUUCCAAGAGUAGCUUCCGGUGUAGAAUGUAUACUAUCUAGGGUUUUAUUUUAGACUAUUGGAGUAUUUCUAUUCUUUUUUGUCCUUUUUCUUUGAAAUGGCUGUGCUCUGUGCAUGGGUUAAUCUUUCAGGAUCCAGCUUGUCUUGGUAGUUUGGUUUUUAUUUCCAUUUCAUAUUUCUAGUGGAACGAAUUGUUCUUUCAAGC